CCUAUGGAGCCAGGUGCUUGGGGGAACAGGACAACUGUCACUGAGUUCAUCCUCCUUGGCCUGACAGAAAACACAAGACUGCAACCCAUCCUUUUUGUCAUCUUCCUCUUUGCCUAUGUAAUCACUGUUGGAGGCAACCUCAGUAUCCUGGCUGCCAUCUUUGUGGAGCCCAAACUCCACACGCCCAUGUACUACUUCCUGGGGAAUCUGUCUCUGCUAGAUAUCGGAUGCAUCACUGUCACUGUCCCUCCGAUGCUGGCAUGUCUCCUGGACCACCAGUGCAGAGUCCCCUAUGCUGCCUGCAUUUCACAGCUCUUCUUUUUCCAUCUCCUGGCUGGUGUGGACUGUCAUCUCCUGACAGCCAUGGCCUAUGACCGCUACCUGGCCAUCUGUCAACCCCUCAACUACAGCACCUGCAUGAGCCGUGAAGUCCAAGGAACGCUGGUGGGCAUUUGCUGCACCAUUUCCUUUAUCAAUGCUCUGACUCACACCGUGGCUAUAUCUGUGCUUGAAUUCUGUGGCCCUAAUGUGGUCAAUCACUUCUACUGCGACCUCCCACCCCUUUUCCAGCUCUCCUGCUCCAGCACCCACGUCAAUGGGCAGCUGCUUUUCGUGGGGGCCACUUUCAUGGGGGUGUUCCCCAUGAUCCUCAUUUCAGUGUCCUAUGCCCAUGUCACCGCUGCAGUGCUAAGAAUCCGUUCAGUGGAGGGGAGGAAGAAGGCCUUCUCCACAUGUGGUUCCCACCUCAUAGUCUGUAUCUUCUAUGGAACUAGCUUCUUCAGUUAUAUGCGUCUGGGCUCGGUGUCAGCAUCAGAUAAGGACAAGGGGAUUGGGAUCCUCAACACUAUCCUUAGCCCCAUGCUGAACCCGGUCAUCUAUAGCCUCCGGAACCCGGAUGUGCAGGGUGCCCUGAAAAGGGUGUUGACGGGGAAGCGACCACCUGAAUGA